UGAGACAUUGACCUUGGCCACCGCCGCCGGAGCAGCUUGGCCAAAGUGAUGAGGGUGCCGGUCCAGUCAUGCCCACUGUGGAUGACAUUCUGGAGCAGGUUGGGGAGUUUGGCUGGUUCCAGAAGCAAAUCUUCCUGACCCUAUGCCUGCUGUCAGCUGCCUUCGCCCCCCUCUAUGUGGGCAUCGUCUUCCUGGCCUUCAGCCCGGAUCACCGCUGCCUGAGCCCCGGGGUGGCCGAGCUGAGCCGGCGAUGCGGCUGGAGCCUGGCAGAGGAGCUGAACUACACGGUGCCCGGCCCGGGGGCUGCGGGCGAGGCUUCCCCUCUCCAGUGCCGCCGCUACGAGGUGGACUGGAACCAGAGCGCCCUCAGCUGCGUGGACCCGCUGGCCGGCCUGGCGGACAACAGGAGCGACCUGCCGCUGGGCCCCUGUCGCCACGGCUGGGUGUACGACACGCAGGGCUCGUCCAUCGUGACAGAGUUUAACCUGGUGUGUGAGAACUCUUGGAAGGUGGACCUCUUUCAGUCCUGCGUGAACUUGGGCUUCUUCCUGGGCUCCCUGGGUGUCGGCUACAUUGCAGACAGGUUUGGCCGCAAGUUAUGUCUCCUGGCCACCACCCUCGCCAGUGCCAUCUUGGGCGUCCUCACGGCCGUGGCGCCAGACUACCCGUCCCUGGUGCUGUUCCGCCUGCUGCAGGGGCUCGUCAGCAAGGGCAGCUGGACGUCUGGUUACAUACUGAUCACAGAAUUCAUGGGCUUGGGCCACAGGCGGACGGUGGCGAUCCUCUACCAGACGGCCUUCACGGUGGGGCUCGUGCUGCUCUCGGGAGUGGCCUACGCUGUCCAGCACUGGCGGUGGCUGCAGCUGGCCGUCUCUCUGCCCACCUUCCUCUUCCUGCUCUACUACUGGUGUGUACCCGAGUCUCCCCGCUGGCUGCUAUCGCAGAAGAGAAACACCCAAGUGCUAAAGAUAAUGGACCGUAUCGCCCGAAAGAAUGGGAAACCUCCAGUUGCUGACCUAAAGAUGCUCUCUCUCGAAGAGGAUGUCUCCGAAAAGCUGAGCCCCUCCUUCGCAGACCUGUUCCGCACCCCCCACCUGAGGAGGCACACCUUCAUUCUGAUGUACCUGUGGUUCACCAGCUCCGUGCUCUACCAGGGCCUCAUCAUGCACGUGGGCGCCACGGGCGGGAACCUCUACCUGGACUUCUUGUACUCGGCGCUGGUUGAAUUCCCGGCGGCCUUCAUCAUCCUCGUCACCAUCGACCGCUUGGGCCUCAUCCGCCCGCUGGCCCUGUCAAACCUGGUGGCGGUGGCGGCCUGCUUCGCCAUGAUUUUUAUCCCGCAUGAUCUACAGUGGCUAAGCAUCACAGUAGCUUGUGUCGGCCGAAUGGGAAUCACCAUCGUGUUCCAAAUGGUGUGCCUGGUGAACGUCGAGCUGUAUCCCACGUUUGUCAGGAACCUUGGAGUGAUGGUGUGCUCUUCCCUGUGCGAUCUGGGCGGGAUCAUCACCCCCUUUCUGGUCUUCAGGCUGAUGGAGGUCUGGCAAGGCUUGCCACUCGUUUUGUUUGCGAUAUUGGGCCUGGUUGCCGGGGGGGUUACGCUGCUUCUUCCUGAGACCAAAGGAGUCACUUUGCCAGAGACCAUCGAAGACGCCGAGAACCUUGGGAGGAGGAUCGCCAAACCCAAAGAAAACACGAUUUACCUUCAGGUCCGGACAGCAGAACGUGCAGGCACCUAAGAGAGAGGCUUCAUGGAGACCAACGAACAGAAGAAGUGCUUCGAAACCCUGAUUUCUCUGGGCUCUUGCUCACACUUAACCUGCCCCUAAACCGAUAUCCUGAAGAACACCGAAUGUGCUUCGUUUUACUUUAUUUUCUUUCUUUACAUCUCCCAAGGCCCUGGCUCUCUUUUAUCCACUUACCUUUCCUCGCAGAGACUGUUGGUAGUUACCAGUUACUUAAUUACCUAAAGUGUUUUAAAGAUCCAAUAGAGUUUAAAUAUUGCUAUGAAAGAGGCCUCUGU